GUCCAUCUUUGGCAGUUUCUUCUGAAACUCCUAUUGGACGAAAGACACCGUGACGUCAUAGCCUGGACCGGAAGAGGUUUAGAAUUUAAAUUGCUGGAUCCCGAUGAGGUGGCCAGGAUGUGGGGGGCAUGCAAAAACAGGAAAAAGAUGAACUAUGAGAAGUUGUCACGUGGUCUCAGGUACUACUACGAGAAGAAGGUGAUGAAGAAGACGAGAGGACGGAGAUACAUCUAUCGGUUCGUU